AAACAAUUUACGAAAAUUUAUACAAGAUGGAGGGCUGUCCUAGGUCUUUGAUGCUCAAGCUAGACCUAAAAGAGUCGCAUGUAACUUCUUUUGCCCCCGCUUUAAAACGAUACAUACGUGAUUUCUACCACGAAGAUGGGGAAACGUAUGCUCAAGAAUGCACUCAACUUGAACAACUUAGAACGGCUGUGAUAAAACCAACAUACGACAAUUCAGGAUGCAAUUUGCUACGGAAAUAUUAUGGGCAAAUACAUUUGCUAAAAACCCGGUUCCCAAUGGGCGAGGGUUCACCUGCGAGUGUUGAAUUCACAUGGACAGAUCUUUAUACCGAAGACCCAAUCACUUUAGGUGACAUCACAUAUGAACAAUCUUCAAUUCUGUUCAACUUAGGAGCCCUUCAUUCACUGUUAGCUGGAAGAGAAGACAGGGUUUCUGAAGAGGGUAUGAAGGUUGCUUGCACACAUUAUCAAUCAGCAGCAGGUGCCUUUAAUUACAUCAAGGAAAAUUUUAGCACCGAUCAAUACAGUGAUACUUCAAAGGAAUUGCUUAAUCUUUAUAUCAAUAUUAUGCUUGGACAAGCUCAGGAAUGUCUUUUGGAAAAGUCCAUGUUAGAUAACAGGAAAAACUCUCUUGUGGCUAGGAUUGCCAUGCAGGUUCAAAAUUACUACACAGAAGCCAUAGCUUGUUUGACCUCUUCUUUUGGCGAAAUACUACCACCCAGAAUGCACAAGCAUUGGAGCAAGACUUUGCAGAUUAAAUGUUCAUAUUUGAAUGCUUUGGCUUUUAUGUACAUGUCAAAUGCAUCAGAUGAACAGACAAAAUAUGGUGAAAAGGUUGCAUUUCUAAAAAUUGCUGCACAAAAGGUUGCCGAUGCACAGAAGUUAUUGAAGAACCAAAGUCAGCAAAUGCUGGACGUAGUUCAAUUUAUUGCGGAUGUUGUCACCCAAAAGCUUGAAGGUGCAAAACGGGACAAUGAUUUUGUUUACCACGAGCCAGAACCAGCACCUGCAGCUCUCCCAGAGAUUAUAGGUGCAUCUUUGGUCAAACCACUGCCUUUUCAACCCUAUGACCCUUCAAUGGGCAAAGAUAUCUUUGAGAAACUCAUUCCAAUGAAGGCCCAUGAAUCAUCCUCGUUGUACAGUGAAGAGAAGGCAAAUCUCCUCCGUCGUUACGCUAGCAUUGUCAGUGAAAAAGACAAGGAACUAAGUUCGUGGCUAGCUUCGAUGCAUAUCGAUGAUCUCAUGAAACCCGAAGAAGCUGAUGCUCUUCCUCCUGAACUCACAACCAAGUGUGAAUCAUUGCAGUCUAAUCCUGGCGCAAUCAAGAAAUCCACUGAAAUGCUUGCAAAACUGAAAGAGAAAGGCUCUGAGCUAGAGAAGACCCUGGAAGAAACACGUAAAGAAAUUAUUGAUUUUCAGAACGAAAAAACUGGUUUCAUGGAGAAAUAUAAUGUCAAGCUGGAAGAAGAUAAGUUAAAAGAAUAUUUGGAGGAAAUUGACAGCUAUCAACAGAAACAUUUGGCUGCAAAAAAGACAAACGAUGAACUGGAAAAAGCCUUUGAAGCUCAUCGUAACAAUUUGGAGUUGAUGAUCGGACCAGAGCAAGCAUUGCAGGGCAUAUUCCCUUCGCAGAAUAUCCUGGAUUCGCCAAUUGAGGACGAUGCCGUGCAAAGAAUUAGAGAUCUUUUGGCCAAAGUUGAGAAGAUGAAAACGCAAAGAGCAGAGUUUAUGAACAAAUUAAGAGACCAGGUAAAUAAAGACGACAUCACUCAUCUGAUUGCGACCAGAGAUGGCGGUGAUCUAGAGGACUUAUUUAAGGAAGAAUUGAAGAAACACAACGAAUCGUGUGAGCUGUUGCAAUGUAACCUUGAUGCCCAAGAGAAGAUCAUGAAAGCUCUGACGGAGGCUAAUGCGAAAUAUGCGCAUGCUCGUAGAUCUGUGGCUGAAAUCCAGGCGAAACGUGAUGUUGUCGUGAAAGGUUUGAUAGGCUCUUUCGACUUCUUCAUGAACUUUAAGGAGAAAGUCAGUAGCGGGGUUACUUUCUACAACCAACUGUCGGAAAUAUUCGAGAAACGUCGACAGGAAAUUGCGAGUGUUUGCAAAAGCGAGAAAGAAAGGCUGCAAAAUAUCAUCGACAAGGCAAAGCAAAUAAAAGAAGAACGAGAGAGGAAAUCUGAAACGAAAGUCGAUCCAACGUUAUCAAAUACUAACCCGGGGGAAAGACCAAAUAACCCUGGGAAUCCUCAACAAUCCCUGCCAACAGGUUAUCCACACCAAGGUCAUAUUCCCCAGCUCACUCACCAACCCAUACCUCACUCGCUUCGAGGUCCAGCUCCAAAUCAACCAGCACCUAUGCAGUCUGGCCAUCCAGCUCAGUUCAACGCCCCACCCUCAUCCCAUCCACGAGGGCCGAGCAAUCAACCUGGCAUGUCCCAAUACAUCCCCAGGGUACCAUCAGGAACCCUACUGACUACUAGACCUAGAAUGUCAUAUCCCCAUCCUCCAUUUCCAACGAACCCCCAAGAAAGACCUCGCCCACCUACGUCGGGAUCAUGGCAACCACCCCCUUCAAGCAGACCAGGGGACACAUCCCCACCUGUCACAAGCAACAUCAGGUUUCCUCCUCCGCAAAAUAUUAGACAACCAAAUAUACCUCAGGGACCCCCGCAACAGUUCCCAAACAGACCCCCCUUACCCAUGCAUACCCCACAAGGUUACCCCCAACAGUAUGGACAAGUACCCUGGCAACCACAGCAAAAUAGACCACAGUUUAGGGCUGGUGCUCCUGAACAGAGCAGACCCCCGCCACCACAGAUGAUGGCCCAAAGACCGGGGAGGCCUCAGCAGCCAAUGAUGUCACACCAACCAAGACCUGUUGGGCAGCCACCAAUACGGCAAGGACCACCAUCACAAGUGGUACCUCAAGGUCAACAUAUGCUACCACAGCAACCAGCUCGACCAGUGACACCGCCAUCUCCAAAGAGGAUCUCACAGCCUUACCAGGCAGAGCCUCCCUCCUAUCAACAACAAUUCGGUAUUGGUUCUAAUCAAGCUGGUCCGCUUCAGCAACCUGGCCACCAACCUGUCCAACCAACACCUUACCAAACCGCACAUGGUCAACAGCAACAUGGUCCGUUAUCUCAUGGUCAACGAGCAGAUCAGUACCAGCAACCACAAGGACAGCAAGGUAACCAGCAGCCGAGAACUCGCCAAAUACCAAACCCAUACCAGCAACCUCAAAUACGAAUGCAGCAGUUGCCACCCCAACAACAACAGAUACCAAAACAACCAACUCUCCAUCAACUACCACCACAACAAUUACCACCACAGCCACAUCAAGGAGUCCCACCACAGCAGCCACCUGGACCAUACCAUCAACAUGGUGCAUACCAACAGCGUUUCCCUUACCAACCCCAACAACAGCAUGGAUCAUCACACCAAUCCACUGGUGGAACUCACCCACAACCAGGUCCUCAACAACCCCACCAACAGGGUUUCCAAGCAACUACAGGUCCUUCCCCACACCAACAAGGACAAUAUCCCACCUCAACGGGUCCUCUUCCAGCCAUCCAACAAUCCCAAAUUCCCCCAGUACAACAACAGCCCCCAAUCCCAUACGAUCAGCUCACAUCGUCCCAAGUCCCCCACAACUUUCCCCAAGCACUAGCAUCACAGUCCUACCAGAAGCAACCAUUGACCCAAAAACAUUCCUCCGAAAGUCUACCACAACAGCGGGGUCCUUUUCAAAUCUCAAAAUCACGAGAAGUAGGCCAGCAAGACAAGGUCCCUUUUCAACAUGAGAGACCUGGUCCUCCACCCGCUCAACAAUCGUACGGUAACCCCCCUGUACAUCCAGUUCAAUCACAAAUCACUGACAAAAUACCCUCAAACCCAGCGCAAGACAAACAGCCUCACUACAGCCAAAGACCAGAAGGCCAAUAUUUGUCUCAAGCACCGUCGGGUCAACAGCAGACAACUCAGACUGGGAGCUGUGGUCCAAACAAAGCACCUUAUGUCCCUCAACAACAACAACAACAACAAUGGCAGCAUCAACAGCAGCAGCAACAACAACAACAACAACAACCAUGGCAACAACAAUAUAGACCCACGUCGCCUCCACAACACGACCAAUACCCACAAACUAACAAAGCGGUUCAAGACCCAGGCAUUUCCAAACCUGGGAUGUAUCCUUCAACCUCCUCGCACAGUAUUCCUUCUGGCUUCCCUCACCCCUCAAAACCUGAGGGAUACCUCUCUCCGAAAGGUUCGCGCACAGACAUAAGUGCAACCUCGACCUACCCCCACUCCACGACGAGCCAAAAAGAUGAUCUCCCCCCUAAGCCCGGGGUGUUCUCCACACAAUCAACCCAACCUACUGCUUCAUCUUACCCCCAAUCAGGUCAACAAGGUGGUGGACCCACUCCUGACACUCCCCGCUCAGGCGUGACCACUGUCCCAUCGUCCCAAGACACCCGACCUAAUAUGGCCUACCCCCAAUCUACAUCUAGCCAUAGUUUAACCCAGCACCAUACACACCAGCAUCCCUCCGAUAUCCAGAACCUAAAUCCUUCACAUGACACAAAAGGACCAUAUUUUCCUGCCGUUUCUUCACAAGCAUCCCAGUCCUACUCCGCCAAAAGCCAACCAACCGACAGCAGCUCCUUGACGUCCAGAAAUCUUCGUUCGAAUUCAUUUCAAGAUUUUAACCCCACUAAAGUCGUGUUAGCCAAACCCGGGGCGUUGUCCGUAGGUCCUUCAUCAGGCAACCCUUCAGCGAUCACGUCUGCUCAGGACCUUUCAAGCGUCUCUACAUCUGAGACGAAAACUAUGAAAGACUCGAAUACAAGCAAUAUUGGAAUGAUAUAUAGCGAGGUUGCGCCCUUAGACACUACUCUGAGCAGCGGUAUCAAGGACCCUGCGGGCCAGUCCUCUGGAAUAUACCCGUCAGCUCCUUUGAGUGGUAGUGUUCAACCAAAGUCAUCGAUCGAUGAUAAAUUGAUGGAGAACCUUAAAUCACUCGAUUCGCCAAACGCAUUGGUCCCGAAACAACCGGGGAAAUCGACCAAGGAUGAAGAUAUCGGAACAAAUGACCAGGAGUCUGGGUCGAGAGACCAAGGACCAAGCGUUUCUGAAUCGCAUCAGCCAGGAGGGGGCAGUCAGGGAGUGGCGUCUGGUCAAGAAGAUGUUCAUAAGCUGCAGCAGAAGGUAUUGCUGCAGCAACAGCAGUUGAUCGAGCAGCAACAGCGGUUUCUCGAACAACAGGCUUUAGGCGAGAACUCGCAGGUGCGGAAGUUGAUGGAACAGAUUAAACAGCAGCAGAAGGAGCUGGAUGAACUACGGAGCGAAGUGAAAGUCCGGGAGCAGUUUGGUGAAAUUGAACGACACUUGGAGAACCUCGAGCGACGACAAAACGCGGUGGAAUCAAGAAAGACUGAUGCAGUGUCCGAUGAAGGCGGUGCAGGAAAACCUAAAGUUCAAACCGAGUCAGGCGGUGAAGCCAUCUCAGAGGAAAUGCAAGAUGAAGAUAAGACAAAUGAUAAAGAUAUGAACGAGAUAAACACGGGUGCUACGACUUCGAAUGUGGGUGGAGAUGUAUUCGAGGGAACGACCAAAGACCAAUUGAGUGAAAUCACUGGCGGCGUUGAGAUCAGUAAACAGGAAAUAAACGAUUAUUUCUUGAUGAGUCAGUUGAGUGAAUUCACCUCCACGUCUUCACAGCACGAUAAGGGUACAUUGAGCCCAAUUCUCACAGACAAUUCAGCAAGUGGACAAAAACAUCACGAGACUCGAUCUAAUACGAUAUCAGACGAACCCCCUCCGAAACCAUCACGGGCGCCUCAAGCUCAACCGCAUAUUACGACUUCGGAAAAACCCGAAACUCAUCCGACUGCUAGUGGCUCUAUUCCGUCCACCACGGACACUCUUGAAUCAAAUAUUGCAUCAGACGUGGGAACGACCCCACCUUCAAAAGACAAGGAAGCUUCUCCACCUCGACCAAUAAAACAUCGCCCUCCUCCAGCAAUACCCGAGCCGUACACCCCCCCUACACCACCCGCCUUUCUCACCCGUGACGUGUUCAGUAAGCCUGCAUCAGACGCAAUUCGCGUUGAUCUGCAGAAACCCGAGGAUAGAGAAGAAUAUAUUUUGCGACUAACAGACUUGGUUAUAAAUUACAGAGAUACCGUGAAUAACUUAACCCAAAGGCAGGCACGUGGACCAAGCAUUCUCACUAAAGAAUGGCUGGCAGUUCAACAUUACCAGGACAUGGUGAGCCAGGCGCUUACUUGUGAUGACGGAAAGAGGAAUACCACAAAGAACAGAUAUUUGGAUAUUUUACCAUAUGAUCAGACAAGAGUUCAUCUGGAAGACAGGGAGGAUUCAGAUUACAUCAAUGCGACCAUGGUGGAGGAUCUAACGCCUCUCUCUCCAAAAUACAUUGCGAGCCAAGGACCAAUCCCACAAUGCUUCAUGGACUUUUGGUUAAUGAUCUGGCAACAAAAGUGUCCGUUGAUUGUCAUGUUGACCAAAGAAGUUGAGGGAAAGAAGCUAAAGUGUCAUCAAUAUUGGCCUAAACACGAGGGACAUUCGAUGCUCUUUGGAUCCCUACGAGUCACCAUGAAACGCCAAACAUCCCUGGCAUUUUGGAAGGAAAGACUUAUUCACAUCACUCACAAUGAGACCCACGAACUUCAUGUUGUGGAACAUUAUCAAUUCACUUGUUGGCCUGAUCAUGGUGUUCCAAGCAAUCCAUCCGAUUUCUUCACGUUUAUGGGCCAUAUUUACAUCCGUCACCUGGUGAUCGACCCGGAUAUCAAGAAGCCAAUCCUUCUUCACUGCAGUGCUGGCGUUGGUCGAACUGGGGCCUUCAUCGUCAUCUAUUCCGCUAUGAGAGAAAUGUAUUCUGGAAAUGGAAUAAUGGAUGUUCAAACUCUUGUGAAGAAAUUGCGAGAGAAAAGAAAAUACAUGGUUCAGAAAAAGGAACAGUACGAGUUUUGUUACAAAGCUAUUUUGCAUUCUGCUGAACAGUUUCUGAUCAUUGAAAAUAGCGGCAAUAUGGCAGACGACGAUAGCAGCAGUGAUUAUUCCACCUCAUCUUCCGAUAGCUGUUCUUUCCUCUCUGAUGACGAGGCUGAACUUGCCAUGAAACCUACCGUACCGCAACGUCCUCAUAUUUCUCAGAAACCAAGAGAAAUUCCUGGAAAUAGCAGUGAUGGUAAGCAAGAGAACAAGGGACAAGAUUCCGAGAAUUUGGAAUCUCGAAAUGAAUUACCGUCCACCUCAAAUUCUGGGGAACGGGAUCCCAGUUCACAAACGCAUGAAGGAUUUUCGGAGAAGUCCGUUGACACUUCCCAGAAGUGUGAUCAAAGUUCUGAAAAAUCUCAGAACGAUUCCGAAAAAAUAGAACAAGGAAAUACUUUAAAUAAUUUCUUAGAAAUCUGUAAGAAAAGUCCACCCGAUAACGAGAUUUUGCCGGAGGUAAUAAACAAAGAUGGCGUGGUUCCUGGCGGGUUCCAGGAAACUGAUUCGGUGAAAGUUUCAACUGACGAAAAUUCGGGAAAAGAAAGCAAUUCUUCUGAGAAAUCUGAAAUGGGCGAGACAAAGUAUAAGGAAAUCACUGAGGAACCAGAAGAGCAGAUUGCGAACGGUGAAAUCACGGAUUCUACCAAUGCGGACUGUGGGACUCUGGGUUGUGAAAGUGCGGCGGUUAUUCCAGGAUUACAGGAAAUACAGGGGGUGGUUGAAGAUGAUAAUGAUAAAGCCGUCGCUGGCGAUGAUGAGGCGAAAUCAGAUGUCCCCUCGGAGAAAACUGACGACAAACCACAGGACACUCCUGUGGAAGAGAUUGUGGGGGAGAUUUUGGAAGGAGCCACAGUGGAUGUUGAAAAAGGUAAAGCAAGCCGGGUUGAUGACCACGUAUUGGAGUGUGAAGCUCUCAAGACAGAGAUCUCUCCUGGAGAUGAGGGUGAUGUGAUUUCACAACAAGAAAAUGGUGGGAUUCCCACAAAUUAUACUCCUUCUAAAGAGAUUAAUACAAAGGCAGAGGAAGAAAAGGACAUCAGCCUCAAACAAUCCACGGAAGAAAUGCCCAAUGACUUGGGUGCAGGUGGGGAAACAGAACAAGAAAUCGUCCUGACAGAGAAAUAGUGAUACAGCACAUUAUAAAUUGUGUUUUGUGCAAAGUAUAAAAAGAUAAGUUGAAUAAAUAUUUACUCUUUUCAAAAGAUGGAUUGCGUUUCCAGCAAAUUCCCUUCAUACAAAGGAAAUUUAAAAAAAACUGCCAAGCAUGACCUGAGAAAAUAUAGCAAUAACUGACCAUUAAAUUUCUCCUGUGAAGCACCAAAUUCUCAUUUGUGAAAGGGAUUUUGCUGGAACUGAGAGAUGUGAAAGCCGCCAUAAUGAUAUGGACAGCUUAAUUAAUUGUAUUUUCUGAUUUGAAUACUAGCAUUGCUGUAUCAAGUACAACUCAUUACAGGCAUAUGGUAAUACACUGCAUGUUCCCAGCAUGUCAAGACAGUCAAUAUAUGCAGUAUAUCAAAUCAAAAAUAAUUUGUCAUAGUAUGUCUGUACAUAAAAAUAUUAAAGUCUAACACAAUUAAUAACAAGCA